AUGGGUCGGAUGCACGCGCCCGGUAAAGGUAUCGCCCAAUCGGCGUUGCCCUACAGAAGAAGCGUCCCUACGUGGCUCAAGGUAACCCCCGAAGAAGUGAAAGAGCACAUCUUCAAAUUGGGCAAGAAGGGUCUCACGCCGUCCCAAAUCGGUGUCAUCCUGAGGGACUCCUACGGUGUAGCCCAAGUCAGGUUCGUGUCCGGCAACAAGAUCCUGCGCAUCAUGAAGGCCAUGGGACUGGCGCCCGACCUACCCGAGGACUUGUACUACCUCAUUAAGAAAGCCGUGGCCAUCCGCAAGCACUUGGAGAGGAACAGAAAGGACAAGGACAGCAAGUUCCGUUUGAUUUUGGUAGAGUCUCGUAUCCACCGGCUCGCCAGGUACUACAAGACCAAAUCAGUCCUAGCCCCUAACUGGAAAUACGAAUCGAGCACGGCUUCGGCUUUGGUCGCUUAA